GUCUACGUUUUUUCCAGUCACACACAGAGUCACUCACUCACACAUCACAUCAUCAGUCGCCAUGGGCAGCGGAGAGUUUUCAAGCGGUUCGUUGGAGGAGCGUCUUGCCGCUGAGCAAGCGCGCAGUGCCGAGCUCGAGCGCCGUCUGCAGGAGGCCCAGCUGCGGCUGCAGGUGCUCGUGGGCAAGGACAAGCACGGCGCAUUGAAUCUCGACACUCCCCUCAAAGCGACUGCCGCCGCCGCCGCCGCCGCCUCAGCCACUGCUGCUACCGAGUUUGAGUUUGACUCGAUUGAAAGCGCGCUCGUUGACUUUGCCGCGGGCAAGUUUGUCGUUGUCGUGGACGACGUCGACCGCGAGAACGAAGGCGACUUGAUCAUUGCCGCCGAAGCAAUGACGCCAGAGAAGAUGGCGUUCAUGAUCCGUCACACCAGCGGCGUCAUCUGCACACCCAUGCUUGGAUCACGCAUCGAGCAGCUCAAUCUUCCCAUCAUGGUCGAGAACAACACCGACCGUCACCGAACGGCCUUUACCGUCACCGUCGACUUCCGCCAUGGCACUUCGACCGGCAUCUCUGCCGCCGACCGCUCGGCCACCUCCGUCGCGCUCACCAACCCUAACGUUACCGGUGACGAUUUCUUGCGCCCCGGUCACAUCUUCCCGCUGCGUGCACGAGAGCGUGGUGUGCUCGAGCGUAUCGGACACACCGAGGCGUCUGUCGAUCUCUGCCGCUUGAGUGGACUCCAACCCGUGGGUGUCUUGUGCGAAAUCGCCAAGGACGACGGCACUAUGGCUCGCCGUGAUUACCUCGAAGUGUUCUCGCGCGAGCACGGUCUUAAGAUGAUUACAAUUGCCGACCUUGUCAAGUACCGACAAGCGCUCGAAAGCAAGCAGUAAUCGAGAGGAGCGUACACUCUCUGGCAUUUUCUCUCUCUCUUUCUCCCUCUCCCUCUUUUCUCACUCAUUGUUUAAUGAUCUCUUUUCCCUUCCCCAAAUUGUUUGUUGUUGAGCUGUGUCGUUAUUUGUCGCCUGGUAGGCUUGUACCAAUCCCUCCCCCCAUCCCUACGUCCACCCUUGAUCCGCCCACUCAGCUCUGAGAUUGUCUUUGUUUCCACCAAGCAAACUGCCCAGACGCGCUCACUCAGAUCGAACUUUUGCACAAAAAAGCAAUUGUCGAGUUCUAUUUGUUUUGUGCUGCGUCAUGGGCAAGUGCUGGAAUUUCACCGUCAAUUGCAUAAAGCUCGUGCAAGGAAUCCACCACGAAUAAAAGAAGAAAAGAUUAAUGAUGCUUCUCAAA